AUGGAUUUGAACGGCAAUGAGAAACAGCUGUCGAGUCGAGUCUCUUCGAACAACUCCGACCUGUCCCUUUAUGUCCCAGCGGGGGAGGAUUCAAUUCUAUUAGGCCACUAUUUUUCCUUCGUCUGCGAAGUCGCUUCCUCUUUCGACUCUUCGGCAAAUCCUUUUCGAUCACGUGUGACCAAGAUGAUGGAUGCCUCUCCUCUCCUCUUCACCUGCGUUAUGAGUAUAUCCGCAGCCCAUCUCUACCAGAACCAAGGGGACAGUUCCUCUAUACCACUGAGCUUCCAGACUGAAGCCAUAUCAAGAAUAUCGAGAGAACUUGCAAAAAUAAGCACUCAUGUGCCACCCCACCCUCCCGGUGUUUUGGCCCUUGCUAGGCCAUCAGCUGCAUCGCUUGUAAAGGAUGACAUUCUUCUGGGCAUCAUUCUGCUCGGCAUGACGUCGAGCUGGCAUGAUCCUUCAUCUCUCGGCCUAUAUCACCUUACUGGGUCUCGGCAUCUCUUCAAGCUAUGGAUGGCAACGAACGGUCUUGAGCAGCCCCCAAGACCACUCUCUAUGACCCAGAAUUUCAUUGUGUCUUCAAUGGUAUACUGGGAGGUCAUGGUAUCAUAUCUACUGGACCAAGACUUGGAGGCAAUUUCGUAUCUCGACGUCUUUCUUGACCCAGCCCCGGAGUCAUUAUCACAGCCCUGUCCCUGGACCGGGGUGGCGACAGACAUCUUCAUCCGACUUGCAAAAGUUGGUACAAUGGUUAGGAAACGGAGAACCCUUCGCAGCCGCAAGCUUGCUUCGGGUGAGACAUCAGCUCUCAUUCAGUUGAUUGCAGAAGCCUCGACUCUGGAACAAGCCAUUCUCAAAAGCCGAGCUCCCCUUAUCGGGUUGGUCAAAGACACUGGCGAUCCUCGCUCUCCCCCAUCACAUCUCGUCAAGAUGGCACGCAGUUACCGACUCGCUUCUCUCCUUGAGUUGUACCGAGCGUUUCCAGAAAUCGCAACCAGUUCGACCAGCAGAUUCGACGAGGCCGAAACUACAGACAAACAGUCACAGCUCGUUCUUGGUCUUGCAUUUGACAUACUAGAGAUACUCGAAACUAUACCAGACAACUCUCGCACCAUCGCUAUCCAGAGUCUGGUAUACUUGAUAGCUGGGAGUACACUUGGACAUUUAGCCGCAGUGGAAGGACACCAACUGACGGCCGCGCAAAGCAGGCAAAAUCAGUUGAUUAACAACUGGAGGCAGUUUGUUCGCAACAGGUUUUACAAGUCGUUUCUCUCCAUCGGCCUACACACCAUCAACCGUGUUGGCACAAUACUGGAGGAAGUCUGGUCACGCAUGGAUUCAGUGGUAUCAAGCGCUGGACAGGGGCAUGUCAUGGAUGUGCAUUGGAUCGAUGCCAUGACUGGAAAGAAGUUAGAGACUAUCCUCGGAUGA